GACGUAUUGUUGUUAUUAUUACAGGAAGAGGGGAAGGGAAAGCACUGAACUGCGUCAACAACUGUUUUAUUACACAUUUGGAUUGUGACUGCACCUUAACAUGGCAUCUUGCGGCUGCUGAGUGAUUCAUGGCCCUGUUCUCAGACAGACCUUUGAUUGGAAACAACAUGGACACCUCAAAUUUCGCCCAUGUGAUCUUCCAAAAUGUGGGCAAGAGUUAUCUGCCCCACGCAGCACUGGAGUGCCACUAUACCCUCACCCAGUUUAUCAAGCCACACCCCAAGGACUGGGUUGGCAUCUUCAAGGUCGGCUGGAGCACCGCGAGGGACUAUUACACAUUCUUGUGGUCGCCUCUGCCGGAGAACUAUGUGGAAGGCACCGCAGUUAACAGAACCGUGGUCUUUCAGGGAUAUUAUGUGCCCAACGACGAUGGAGAGUUUUACCAGUUCUGUUACGUGACGCACAAAGGCGAGAUCCGGGGGGCCAGCACACCGUUCCAGUUCCGCGCCAACAGCCCCACAGAAGAAGAGCUGCUCACCGUGGAGGAUGAAUGCAACUCCGACAUCCUGGUCGUCACCACUAAAGCUGGAUUCUUGGAGCAAAAGAUGGAGGAGGUGCAGAGGGAGAAGGACGAGCUGGUCAAAAACAUGACAGUACUGCAGAAACAGAAGGAGCAGCUGGAGGCGGAGAAAGAGGCUCUACUCAAAGAGUGUGAACACGAGAAGGAGAGCUAUGCACAGCUCAAGAGAGAGAACCAGGACAUCCAAAAUUCCGCACAGGCCUUGCAAGAAGAGAAAGAGGAAGUGAAGAGAAGACUUGAGGAGGCCACGUCCAGAGUUAUUCAGCUGGAAGAAGAUUUGAUUGGAGUCACGCAAAAGGGCUUGCAAAAAGAAACUGAACUGGACAGUCUCAGAGACAGAGUGAAGAAACUUACAACAGAGAAGGAUGGACUGGAAUCACAUCUUAAGAAUGAACGGGACGAAAAGGAGCUUUACAAGAUUCACCUAAAAAAUCGGGAGCUGGAGAACACUAAAAUGAGUGCAGAGCUGCAGAUGCUGAAGUCUGUGGAUGUAAACAAGGAAAACACCAUUGCCCAGUUCAAAGAGGAAGUGGGACGACUUCAGGCCUGCCUCGCUGACAAAGAGAAGCAGUACAGAGAAAUUCUGGCCAAAGUCCCACCGCUGAGUGACAUGAAGGCCCUGAAGGAGCAGCUGCGGCAGAAAGAAGACCAGCUUUUGGCCAAUCAGCAGCAGUCCACUUUGCUGGCGGCUGAGUUGAGAGAUGCCUCAAGUGCCCGGGACCGCACCAUGUCUGAACUCUACCAUUUAAAGGUGGAGGUGGACACCUUACGUCAGGCCAAAACAGAGGUCCAGGCCAAAUGUGUCUGCUUGGAGCGCCUGGUGGAGCAGCUGAAGGCAGAGAUGAAGCAGGAGGCACAGGCCAAAGCCGAGGAGGACACUGCAGACCCAGCUGUCGUGGCCGAGCUCCAGAGAGAGGUGGAGGACCUGAAGCUGCGACUGCACAUGGCCGCUGAGCACUACAAGGAGAAGUACAAGGAAUGCCAACGACUGCAGAAACAAGUGCUCCGGCUUUCAGACCAGCAAGGAGAGCUGAAGAAAAGCUCAGCACAAGAGGCAACAACGAUUCCAACGACUGUGAGCCCAGACACAUCUGUCCCAGGCAGUCCUGGUUCAGCAGAUCCUAUGCUGGAGGCCAUCAUCCAAGAAAAACUGAAGGGGAUAAGCAGAGAGGCGUCUGAUCGGAAUGACAAGUACAGGAAGUGCAAGCAGAUGUUGAUGGAGGAAAAAGAGCGGAGCUGUAUGUACGCCGACGAACUUACAAAGAUGGAAGUGAAAUUUAAGGAACAAGUGAAGAUUAAUGAAAACCUGAAACUUCAGUUGGCGGCAGAGGAGGACCGCUACAAGAGCCAGGUUGCUGAAAAGGGCCGUGAGCUGAAGGAACUGAAAGAUGCACUAGCGCUUGUUAUGAGAGCAAAGGAAAAACCAGAGGGGGAUAAAAGCAGCAGCUCCAAAAAGGCGGAUCAGACAGCUGGUGAGAAAUCCAAUGUGGAAAACUUGCAGUCCGGAGUGCCUUUAUUCCUGCAGUACCCAGUCCCUUAUGCCCAAGAUGCCCCCACGCCUCUGCUGGUGUCACAGAGCCCCAGCAAGCUGCACUUUGGCAACCCCUACUCUAUCUCAGACCCGAAAGAUGAGGCAGAUGAGGAGUUCUCCGAUGACCAGCUUCUUAGACUGCCCCCUGUGGGACCACCCUCUUGGGACAGCAAUGUGGUGUGUAUUCAGCCAACCCGCAACCCCAGCCGCCCAGAGGGACCUGACGACUCAGCAGAAAAGCAGAACAACAACAACAAUGGUAACACCAAUGAAUCGCCCGCAGCAGCUGAAACACCCAGCCCAUUUACAAACGAUGGACAAACUGCCUUCUGCUUUGAUUCCAGCAUGGACAUGAAACGCUGUCCAUUGUGCGAGGUCAUCUUCCCGCCCAACUACGACCAGAGCAAGUUUGAGGAGCACGUUGAAAGCCACUGGAAAAUCUGCCCCAUGUGCAGCGAGCAGUUCCCGCUGGACUGUGAUCAGAAGGUGUUUGAAAACCACGUGCUCACUCACUUUGAUAGCCAUCCGCUUAACUUUGAUUAGAAAAACUAAAUCUGUAAGUUCAGCCGGUAACCAUAAAUAAAUCAUUCGACAAUAUUUUCUGCAUGUAAAGGUGUCAGGAUCGGCUGUUAAGAAAAAUGUAACUUUUACUUGGGUAAUAAAGCUAGUGUGUAUAGGCAAGGCAACUUAAGACAUUUGGAAAUCAGAAAGUUUUAACUGUUUUAAGGGGGUGAAAGACUGUUGUAUGUACAGUAUAUAAAACUAACUUGAUUGACUCAGUGAUCACAAUUACAACAUGGAGAACAUAUCAGGGAAAGAGAUAUGUGUUUACCAAACAUUUAAAUCAUCCAAUCAAACGCUUCUCUUGUAAACAUCAUUGUAAUUUGUUCAUCCCUCUGAAAAAACAGCCUUGGUGCAGAGUAUGCAGUCAGGGAGACAUCAUAAGGUGAUCAUUUUAACUAAUACGCCUACACUAAUAUACAGUUUAUCAUUAGAUCAUCUAUUUUAGAGAAGAUUUAAGCCAAUGAUAUUGUGAAAGCCUCGAUUGUAUGUGUUCAGUAUGUUAGGUUUUCUUGUUUUGAUUUGAUGUAAGUGGAUUUUUGUGUCCAAAUCUUUAACUUUCUGAACAUCUGCGUACCAGUGCAUGCAACAACGCUUCAGUUAUUUCUUCCCUCGUUCAUUUUAUCACCUUAACUUAUUUAAUUUCUUUGCUAAGUGAGUUCAUGUAUCUAAUAUAAUCUACAAUAAAGUCUUUGAAUCUGUUGAAA